GCGGGCCAGAAAAACAUGAAGAAUUAACUCGGCGGGGAAUGGGCACGUUAUGGCGGUCGGGAGUCGAUAAGGAGCGAAAACCGUGUCCAACUACUGUGAUGAUCGGAUUAUAAUUUAAACAAAUAGUCACGUCCGAGUAAAUCAGCAGGUCUCAAUGGUUGGAAAGGGUGUGAAGCGGAAACGCCAUGCCGAUGGGGGUCUGGAUUCCUGUCAGAACCUUGCUGACUGUCCAGAGUCCUACAGCCUCAAGAGGCAGCUGGUACUCAAUACCUCACUGAAUAAGAUGCAGAAUGGGCGGGCUCUGCCCGAGCUCAGCCUUCGGCGCACUGUACUGAUUGCUAACACCCUGCGGCAGAUCCAGGAAGAGAUCCGGCUGGAGAGCAGCCAACUGGCAUCUGCCAUGACCUUGGAUUCUGGGUGUUUGGAAUCUGGCAGCCAGCGGGAUGCCCCACCAUCAAGGCUGACGACAGAGAGCCACCCUGCUGGAUUCAGUGAUGGCCUUGAGGACUUUAUGUCUGCUACCUCUGAUGAGGACCACUCCCUCUCCUCUGCCAUCAACUCCAUCCUCCGGGACCUUGACAUCAUUGUUGAUGGAAGCCCUUCACCAUCAAACCCACAAGACAAUCUAGACAUGCCAGAAGCAAUGGACACAAUGGCAGAAGACUGGGAUAAAGAGGAAAUCCAGCCCUCAGAGCCCUGUAGACCUUUGGAGUCUGUGUUUGGCAGCUUUGAAAUCAUGAGCUCCAGUUACCUUGUAGGUGUUACCUUGGAUGACCUUUUUCUUGACAUUGACACCUCUGUGUGUGACUGCGAUGUGGCUACAGUGGGGCCGGCUCCCAGUGGCCGAACAGUGCCCCCUGGUGUGGCCGAUGACCUGGCUAAGACUUUCACCUCAUGCAAUUCCUCUUCUUCACUGGGAGCCAAUGCAAAUUCAAGGACUGACCUGAAUGACCUGGAUCACAUCAUGGAGAUCCUGGUCAGCUCCUGAGGAGCUACCUCACUGUGACAGGCUACUGACUGACUUCUGCAAGCCAAAGACACACCCCUCACUUUCAACGGGGAGCAAUGCUGGCGCAGUCCUAUUGCUCAUUUUCUACUCAGGCCUCCAUUAUCAACAUGGAGCAAUGUUUCCGAUCAAUGUAUGUGAUUUGGGGAGUUAGAGACUGUAAAUAUUUUUAUCUAUUGGUUUGGGGCCUACCAACGACAUUGAACAAAUAUGCCUCUGGGCAGCUGCACAGGGCCUUAUGAGAACAGAUCAAAGUACUCCUUAUUGUAUCCUAGAAAUAGGUUGAACAUUUUAAAAAAAUUAAUCAUUGCGCUGUGUAUGUAUGUGUGUGUGUGUGUGUGUGUGUGUGUGUGUAUUCUGUGACUUUUGCUUUUCUUUCCCCCAAAAGCUGGAUUUGAAGAUUUUUUUUUUAAAGUUUGUGAUUGUACGAGGGAAGAGUUGUCUUUUUGAGCCUACCUCUGUUUUGAAUGCAAAGCCAUGCAUGUCAUGUUAGACGCAGGGGAACUGGAAUGAAGCUGCUGCUGGAAUAAAGCCAUUGACCUGCACUCUCACUCUACAAUACAGUUAUAGGGUAGAUGGAUAAAGCAGGUCCUACCCUUAUCCAAAGUGGAAGUGGACUGUUAGACCAGUGGCUUAAUAGAUAUUUUUAAUAAGCCUGUUCAGACUCUAUGAUGUGCCCCUGGAGCAGGUGAGACCUGAACUUGGGUAUUCUGGCCCAGAGGUAGGGACACAUCUACUGCACCACCGAAGCCCGCAAACCAACAGCUUCACAUUGCUGCCUGUCAGGUGAUUGUGGAUCUCAAUUAGUGUUUAAUUGCUGCAGUUUUCAACUGAGCAAAGAGGGCCAGGUUCUAGAUGUCUUGCCGUUGUUUCAAAAUGUGACACACUUGUCCAGCUUUUGAGACCAGAUCCUGAAUUACUCCCUUUUUCCCAUCCAUACUCCAAACUUGCACUGUGGAUUUUGAUCUGUUAAAGGACUUGGAAAGUUAACGUGUUGAAUCUUGACCCUAGUCAUCAUGCUGCUGUGAUCUAAAGCAGUCCUAUGCCUUAAUUGUGUUCCUUGCAUUGGGAAUCUGUGGCUGCCAACCUUUACUGGCAAGCCUCUUAGUCUCCUGAGAAUUCAGAUCUGAAUGGAGUUGUUUACAUUGUCAGCUGCAUAUCUUGCCUUUUCUGAACUUGAACUUGCCAUCUGCUACUGAUGUGGACAAUAAUGGCUGAAGGUAGACAGUUUGGAAUCCCUCGGUAUGUGACAAAAACUAAAAAGGCCUUGUUUUCUAAAACCUUUGUACAGUGAACUAUCCAGCCCAAUGGAUACGGUGUUGAGGUGCUAAAGUGAUUCUGUACUGUUAUUUAGUUGCUAUUUAUGUUUUUGACUGCUUCAGCAUGUUGCUAUAUCUUUAUCUGUCUGUGGUAUGUAAGCUGUCAGAGAUGAAUUUUAUGGGGUGGAACAGCUUUAAUUGCUUUGGGUUUGACAUGGUUUUCACUGUAGGGACUGCUGCACCACUCAGUAUUUAGUAAUUUUUAAAAUGUCUUGAUUUUUCUGAUAUAGGUAGAUAUUAAGAACAUGGACACUGCUGUUGAAAGUUGAGGUCUCCUGUUAGUUUUAUAAGCGAAGAUAGGUUAAAUAGCCAUAUUAAUUGAUUGGUAUUUAAUGAUCGCACUGUAGGCACAGUUAAAUAUUCUUAAACGUUUGUUUCAUGAAGGCACAUUGCAUGGAGCAGUUUUAUAGUAUUCCGAGUUAACCUUUUGUACUGUAUAUAUGCCACUUAAUUUGUCUUGUGUAUGUUUAUUUUUCCUGGAGAGUGGUUCAGGUGAAAUAUGAACUGGGGGGAAUGAGACAUGCAACUUUCCAAGUCAGUCCUAGAAUUAUCCAUUUCACAAGGCAAAGGUUUUUUUUCUAAGUUGAGUUUAGCCAAUGCUCCCAGUUAUUGUAGUUUGCUUCCUUAAAGAGAAAAUUUUAAAUUAAAUGCAAUGAGGAUGAUUUUAUAGCUUCUAUCAAAUGAGUUUUGUGUGGCAGUGAUCACAAAUCAUGAAGCAACGAAGGUGCUUUUUAACACUAGAAGUGAAGAAAGAAGCCUCUGAUAUAAGCAAUGAUCAGCAGUAAGUGUGGUCCACAACCAUGCAGAUUGCUGAACCGAUGCACACACUUGAGAUUCUAGUUGGUGUCUUUAUUGUGUUGUGAGGCAUCAUUGAGUUAUUCUUACAGGCUGUCAUGUUUAGUAUACCCUGCCCCAAAUUUUAGCUUCUGACAAUUUAUAUUCCAUACACUAGAGCAGUACAGUUUUAAUUCUUUUUCUGGAGGGUGAAACACUGGAGAAAGAAGGUGCAUACUUUUCAUAUUUUUGUUUACUCUGUCACUUUAUAUUGGAUUGAUGUUGCACCCAUUAUCUAAGGAUACUGAGCAGAUAAUGUGAUUUGUUUUUUUUCUUCCUUCUAUCAGUUUUCUCACUCUCUGUUUCUGCAUUAUGAAUUCUCGUGUAUGAUGUCUUGUGGCCUGAAUCUUGAAUCCUAUUUAAGCCAUGCUUUGAUAUUAUAACAUUAUGUUGUAUUCCACUUGCCAGAGAAUUUUUAUAUUCCUCAAUACAAGGCUGAUUUAUACCCAUCAUGCUCCCUCCCAUUGAUGAUAUGCUUUUGUAUCAUUUUAAACAAACUCAUUGUACAGUGUUGGUGGUUUUGAACUUUAAUCUGGAACAUGCUUUCUGCCUGUCUCUCAGCUACAGCACCUAAUGUUUAGUUUCCAUUUAACUGUCCACUGGUGAUACCACCAGCAUUUCAUUGUUCAAAUUUGUGAGAGCUUUUGACGCCUUAAACACAAGUACAGGGUCUCGUGGGACAGUUGUGUCACCACCUCAGGGCCAGAAAGUCUGGGUUCAAGUCCUGUCUCUCCUGGAGAUGUGUUACAAAAUGCUUGAACUCAUUAAUUAAAAAUGCUUUUUUAAAGACUUAAAAAUAUGGUGCCCAGUUUAGCUUCCAGCCUGGAUUGAGAGAUGCUUUUCAAGUGGGUGGGACUGCACACUUAACGCCUAUCUCUAGUACUUGCUUUGUUCUAUGCAAGUUUAACUUCUUAUCACUGAAAUGACUUCUUUAAAUGCGUAAUUGUUCUUUUUAAUGUAGUUAUGGAUAAAGGUUUAUGCUUUCAUCCUCCUCUAGACCAUGCUUCAGUUUGGAUAUUUAAGAAAUAAAAUGGUUGCAAAUAUUUUAAAAGUUUUCACAUUUGUUAAUGGUGCAGUGAAGAGCGUACUGUAGAGUUGUCCAGUAGAACUAUUAAGGUGGGGUAUACCUUGCACACUUGUGUUUUUAUUUAAAUCUUGCAGUGGGAAUUCAAUUACUAUGAGAAAUUUAAGAGGGUGAGCAGAAGUCUACUGUUAAUGAAUGCUCUUGGGAAUAUAGUUAAUUGUUGAUGUAAUGAUUGGGAAUUGGCAGUGCUGAGAAUGUUGAUGCAGGCUAGCAAGUGUGGAAGAAUGCUCCCUGUUUUGUGUAUCUAGUCCAGGUUGCUUACACUGACCCAAUACAUAGCUUAUCCUGUGCUAAGGUGGCUGUAGAUCAUGUUGUUUCUGGAAUGUACUUCUCUACUGCAUAUUUCUGAUCAAUGGCCCAGGAGAUGGAGAGGAGAGAUAUUACAAUAAUCUUAUUUAAGUUGAAAUACAUCUGCAUCACUUACGCCAGAAGCCAGCAGCCAAGCUUGUAGAAGCGCUCAGCAGUCAAUUAAAAACAGAGAUGGACACACCACUGUUUCUAGUGGGACUGUUUGUUGAUCAGUCUCUCUCCCAUUCUGACCAUUGCAUGUGUUCAUAUACCUUGUUUGCUCUGGGGGGUAAAAGCUAAUUCCAGACUAUUCAGAAUCUGAACUUCAAAUUGAGAAAUUAACAGUUAUCUUUAAUUGCAAUACAAGCGUCACAAGCCAACUUACCACGGAAUGAUAGUUUUGAUUAUGUCAGCUCAAUACUGGAGAGAGCAGGUAGUUCAGAUAAGACUUAUGUUUGUGUGUGUGUGUGUGUGUGUGUGUGCGCGCGCGCACAUAUUAAAAAGACUAUCUUGUUAAGGGAGAAUUAUGUGAAUUUUAUUUAAUGAUAAUAGUUAUAUAUUUAUGGAAAUGUUUAAUGCAGGAAAAUAUGAUUUGAUGCAGUAAGUCCUUUAGAGUGAAAUUACACGUCUACCUAUAAACAGUUCCACACAAACCCAGCACAACUGUUCAACACAGACCUCUAGGGAAUAGCAGUGAACUUGAGAGGUUUAAUUGGUUGCAGUUUCUCCUGUGUGAGUGGUGCUGAUAUGCCGAGGUCUGGCUACACAGGGACCAACUGUGUGUUCCGGAUUCUUCUUGCAUGAUUCAGCCUAUGCAGAGAAGGGUUGAUGCAACUGGUUGAUCUCUCUGCACCUUGUGUUGUUAUAUAUGCAUUUUUCAGUAAAGGUUGCUGAACAGUGAUCUAGCAUGGAACUCUUACCACCACAAAAGCCUUGAAUACUAAGGUUUCCUACCACUGUGAGGGGAGAUUACUUACACCCUUACCUGAUUAAACUGGCUAGCCAGUGUCUUCAUCUCCAAAGUCUGUUCAGUGCUUGUUUCUGCACGUAUGCCUUGUUUCCCCAUUGGGGUGAGGACUGUGAAGGGAGCAGACACUUUGGUAAUGUGAGGUGCUUGUAACUUAAGCUGCUAAUGCAGGACUUGGUUGGUGCCAGCAGUGUGCUGUGGUUUAAUGUGUUAAGCAGACUGUGGUGCUGCUCAAUUUCUAUGCAAUUACUGUCCAAUGAAAA